AUGUUCAAGAAGCCAUCUCUCCUCUGUUCCUGUUGUGGCGGCUUCCAGCUGCUGAACCCCCAAUCCUCCGUUUCGCCGCACUCCACAGCCUCCUCCCGACGACGCAUCAGGCUCUUUGAGUCCCCUAGGCGCUUCGCUCAUGUUCAGAACACGAAUUCUAUAGGACCCGGAGACGAUUUUUCCUGGCCAACGUCUCCCAACUUCUCUCCCUAUGAGGUAUUUAAACAAGACCAGUCCGCUCCCUACUCCAAACAGCGUUUCUACGAACUCGUCAAGCUUUAUCACCCCGAUCGACCAUGCAAUGGACAUCCUUUGUGCAAAGAUCUACCCGAGUCACUGCGGAUGCACAGGUAUCGAAUCAUAGUGGCAGCCCACGAACUCCUUUCCGACCCAGUCAAGCGCGCGGCGUAUGACAAGUACAAAGACGGCUGGCACCAUCGACAUGAACUCUUCGGCAUCCAUGCCAAACAGGAUUUCCGUCAAUCAGCCGUUCGAGAAGCCUAUCCUGGAGCCAGGAAACCCGGGGACGAGAUUUUCAGAAAUGCAACCUGGGAAGACUGGCAGCAGUAUUAUGACAAGCGCGAUGGGCGGCCAAAGCAAGCUCAGACUGUUUCCCAUAGUACGUUUGCCUCGUUUCUGCUUCUCUUAGCGCUCUUCGGUGGUGUCGGCCAGGCAAUCACGGUCGGAAAAUACUCGUCGUUUGUACAGGAUCGAGUGAAGGAUGUGGAUAGUAAAUGUGGCAAGUUUCUUGAUAGCCGCAGGCAGAAUAAUAAGGAACAGAUGAAUUCUCGGGAUGCAAGGAUUCAGAAAUUUCUGAUGGACCGCGAUCCGUCGGGGUAUGGAUUAAAGGAAGACGAGGAGGAGACCUACCGACGGCUUCUUGGUGCCCAUCGCACCACUGAUGUCAUGAACAAUAUCGACUCUAUGAGAGAAAAGCGUGGAUAA